AUUUCAUACUAGUAAAUCUACCAUUCAUUUCUCAACAGAUACACAUAAAUUUCAACAUUUCAAUCACUAAACAACACAAAACAUCAAAGGAAGAAAGUAUAAAAUCUAUAGCGGAGAAUUCAGGAAAAGAACGGAUCAAGAUCCAAACAGAGGGAUCCCACCCACGGGAUCAAGCUCUGUUCAUCACCUUCACCACCCCUCCCGAAUCCUCUCAGUUCCAACAAUUUACCUAAGACAAUAGAAACCCAGAAAAUGCACAAUGUCCUUCGGUGAAUUUUGGAAGCUUAACGAUCCUCCUCUUCUAACUGUUGUUUCCAGCAGCACCCCAAACUCAGACCAAGAGAACUUCUCCUGAAAAGAAAAAAAACCCUCCAAAAGAGAACCCCCAACCAAAAGAGAACCCCCUAACCAAUUCACCAGUUCUUCCUAUUUAUACAAAAUCAAACAAAACCCUAAACUCCCUCUUCUCUCCUCAUCCAAACUCUUCGAUUUUUCUUCUUUUUUUCUUCCAUCGUUGAUCGGGCGAGGCCAAAACUGGCCCUGCAGAACAGCCAAGAAAGCUGGAGCGUGAUGUCAUCCUGUAGGCAAGGCAAGGACAUGGUGUGGGUUUGUCUCAUGCUCAGUUGGCUACAGGGACAAAGGCGUAGCAACAGGGUCAACACAGCAGGGGGCGCAGAGCAAGGGAAUCUAGGCGUCAUUAGGGCGCAAGCUCGGUGCAACAGGGGCGUAGGGGCGCAAAGGGGAAAGUGCAGGCGCUGUAGUAGGGACUGGGCGCAGAGUGCAGCAGUAGAAGCGUUCAGGCGCAACAAGCAGGGGCGUAGGCUCAGUGCAGGGCAGGGGCGCAGGUUCGGUGCAGGGGAGCAGGGGUGCUGGCGCAGUGCAAAGGCACGGACACGGUUGGGGUUUAGAACCCAUAUUGGGAUUGGGGUGAAGAAGAUAAGAGAAAAUGCUGAGAACAACACUCCUAGUUGCACCGUCUUCUUCUUCGAUGCGUUGUCUUUCAGUUUGCAAACCUUCAAUGCGGUCGCCGUCUCCGAACUUCUCUUUUGUUCUCAUCAAUGGCGACGAUACCAGUGCCUCCAACAGUAACAAUCUUUCUCAAAGACUCACUCUCUUUCAACUUGGCAUCGGUGAGCGAUUUUUUUGUGGCUUUAUACACUUAAAUCCUUUGAUAGAAAAGUAGAUUUUGUUUUUUACUUGAGGAUUGCGAUGGAAAUUUGUGUUUGGUUGCUAAGAAACUGUGGAAACUAGA